AUGCCGAAUCUCAAGGACCCUGAGCCACUCGCCUCCAUGACCACCGCCAUCGCCGACGUCUCACAGAGAGAAACUCUCGAAAAUCUUGGUUUCUGCCUUUCUCGCAGGCACGGCCGACGACAGGGACGCCGAUACCGCGAGAACCGAUGGAAGAAGAACGAGACUGCCAAAGCUGUUCUCCCAGCGGCGAAGAAGAAGCUACCAGGGGAAUCGUACAACAGAACGGAAACAAUACAGUAUUCGAAGAGGAUACAGAGACGGCGGCGGAGUCGAGCGCCCGGACCACGAGACCGUCGACAACGCCAGGGCCAAGCUGGACGACAUCGAGGCGAAUCUUUCCUCCCCGAGAUCCCAAUUUGA